AUGACCAAUGGUGACUGCAAACACAAGGCUCAUGCUGAACCUGAGGAGAGUUAUGAUGGCAACAACAGCAUGAUGAUAUCGUUGGACAUGUUGAUGGCGGCUCUGCACCUCAUCUCAGACCAGCACAGUGCUGAACAUAACCUGCACCAUGAACAAGCCACCUCCAGCGAUGAGGAUAUUCACUCGUCUUCAGCAUCGCACACCCACUCCAUGAGUACCAGCAUGGGUGGCACAUCGACAAUGAUGAUGUCCACCAUGCAAUCAAGUCCAGAUGUAGUUGCCGCAGAUUCUAUGGCCGGUGCUGCACUUGCCCAAGAUGCAGAGAGUGCUGGCUUUCAGUGCAUCGAAGCAGAGGGGGAAACCAAGCAUAGCGAUGAUGGAGAUGAUGGAGGAUGUUGUGUGCACCAGCUGUCAACUCAUUGGUAUUGUAUCUCAUGGAGUCGGGCUGUGGGAGUGUUUGCUGGCUGGCCCAACACUUCACCGCUCGUUACUGGCGUUCCUGGUGCCAUCUUCCAGCACUACCUGUCCUUCACGACUGCACUGACGGCAUUCCUGGAGGCAGCUGCUAAUGGUCAGGUUGGCAUCAUCCUGGUGUGA